AUUUUUUUUUUGUGGUGUUGUUGCCAAUGUGUUUUAAGUCUUCGGAUUCUCCCUUCGUUCCUAAUAAAACGAAGAUGCACCGUCACCUUACGGAUCACUUCUCUCUGUAACCUCCCUCGCUCUCAUCUCCUGCUUUGGAGUGGUGAGAAGAGAGACGAAGUAGCGGCAAUGGAUCCUCAUAUAAUCGUUCUAACAGUCAUUGGAUGGAUUGUGCCGGCAGUCGUUACUAUGGCGAUCAACAAAACGCUGAAUAAUCCUCCCAAAGAUGACAAAGCUAAGAAACUAGAGGAAGAAAUUGAGAAAAAGAGCAGAAUAAUCGCCCAACUUGACGAGGAGAUCACAAGCAAUCAGAUCGUCAAACAUGGGUUGUGGGGCGUUAAAAAUGUCGUCGGUGGCGCAAAGGAAGCGAUCGAGAACUACCGGAAGCACGAUGGACGAUGUAGAAAAGUAUUUUUCUGGAAACCUGAUGCAAGAACCAACUGGUUGGAAGAGGCUCACGGUAUGCUCGACCAAACCGAUGUCGAUUUCAGAGCAGUGGCCGUGGCUCGGCAAAAUGACGAGGAGUACAAAUUCCGGCGUACGACUGGUGAAAGGAAGCAUUUCACGAAGUUGCGAGGACGAGACGCCGAAACAAGAGCCUUGCUGAAUUGGUUGGAGAAUUCUCAGAGAUCUUUUAGUUCAGGUAGCAAAAAGUUCUCUAUUCUGUCUGUCGUCGGUCCGGGUGGCAUCGGCAAGACGGAGCUCGCUCGGGAAGCCUACAACGCCCGAGCCAGCUUCGGCAUCAAGGCAUGGGUCUCUGUGUGCAAGAAUUGUGAUGUGAAGAAGAUGACCAUUGAAAUCAUGGACUCUGCCGACAUCAAACUACCUCCGGGCCUUCACAGCAUCAACAGCCCGGAGCAGAUCCGAAGCAUAUUUACCAAGAGGAUCAAGGGGCAGAGAGUUUUGGUCGUCUUCGAUGACGUGUGGGAGGGGUUCAGCACCUCUUGGGAGGAGCUUUACGCCUCGCUUAGUCAUGGAAAACAAGGGAGCAGAGUCAUAGUCACAACCCAGCUUGAGAGGGUAGCAAAGCUAAUCGGAUCGGACGAGACGAUUAAUCUUGAUCCCCUCGAGCAUCAGGAGUACUGGAAACUGUUUGAAGAAUGCGCAUUCGGCAACCAAAAUCCCAACAAUUAUCCGGAGUUGCAGCAGUUAGGCCAGGCAAUAGCGGCCAAGUUUGAGGGCUCUCCCUUGGCAGCUGUGGAGAUUGGACGUAGAUUGGCGUCUAAUUUAACAAAACGACACUGGGAGAAGAUUGCCGGCAGUCAGUUCGGUGAACUCCAACGCUCGAGAGGCGACAUCCUAUCGGCACUAGAAUUCUGCUACGAGCAACUGCCUACACGCUUGAAGCAAUGCUACCUUUCUUGUGCUUUGUUUCCGAAAAAUUACUGCUUUGACAAGGACCAGCUGCUUCGGAUGUGGGUGGCCCUUGGCUUCGCUCCUUCUCUUGCCGACGAAGAAAUCAGAAGCCUAGCUGAAGAUCUUGCAAGUAGAUCAUUUUUCGUCAAUGCAGAGAGAAGGAAUAACAAGUUUAUGAUCCACCCUGUGUAUCAUGAGCUCGCGGACAUGAUUUGCGAUGGCGAGUUUUUCAGACUCGAGGAAGAAACAGAGGAAACAAAGAUACCAGAAAAAGCUCGCCAUGUGUAUGUCAAAGCGGACAUUUUGGUGAAGGUCUGUAAAGGUUUAGGAGAGAAGGAAAACUUAUACAGCCUUGUAAUCGAUGGUAGUCUAUCCUCUGGCAUCCCCAAUUCUAAGUCGGAUUUCCACAAUUCUCUGAACAAAGUGUUGGAUGAUCUGAAAGGAUUACGAGUGUUGAUACUCCCAGAGCUUCCAGGGAAUGGAUCACUGAGAUCGAUUCAGAAAUUAAGCCAUCUCGAGUACCUUGAGAUUCCCAGCAACGAGAACAGAACGCUGUCCAAGUCAUUCCUGGCACGCUACCGCCGAGGGCAGGUGAAACUGAACCAGGUCUCCAGGGAUUUGUUCAUCAAGCGCGAGGGGAUGGAUGAGUUGGCCAAGUUGUAUGGUGUAACUGCAGAUUGGCAACCGGAGGCAAUCUCGACAGCCAGCCUCGGCAGGAGGAGGAGAAAACGAUCUCUACCGCGAGCUGCACGGAAGGAUCAGCUGCUGUGGGAGCAGUGAAGAUAAAACCCAUUCGAGUGGCUAUGAUUCUUCAUAUGCAAGUUUAACUCUGGCAGCCGUGACUCCUCAAAUGCAAGGAAUAGUCGUGUCCCAUGUAUACAUAAAACUAAUGCCUCUUCUUUUAAUUGUAAGUGACACCUCUCCUUUGCUUUUCAUGUCGGUACUAGCACUAACUGUUUCAAUUUCUUAUCUGUAACUAAAUGCACCCUUUGUUUUUAAUUAAAGCCCGAGUUCUAUCUA